CUGCACCAGGUGAUUUUAUCUCUGCAUCAGCGCAAGACCACAACACAAGAAAACACUUCAGUAAGACAUUUUAUUUUAUUUUUGACUUUUCCUUUUUGUUUUGUCUCGAGCCAGUGGGGGAAUCUCCGAGGUGAACAAGAGGAGAUCGAUAGCAGGUGUCAAAGUGUGCAGCAGAAAGGCAGAAAAAAUGGGAAGAAAGAAAAUACAAAUUUCUCGUAUUCUGGACCAGAGAAAUAGACAGGUGACUUUCACCAAGCGUAAGUUUGGUCUGAUGAAGAAGGCGUACGAGCUGAGUGUGCUGUGUGACUGUGAGAUCGCCCUGAUCAUCUUCAACAGCACCAACCGUCUGUUCCAGUACGCCAGCACAGACAUGGACAAAGUGCUUCUCAAGUACACAGAGUACAGCGAGCCGCACGAGAGUCGCACCAACACGGACAUACUGGAGACUCUGCGCAGGAAAGGCCUCGGUCUGGAAGCCUCAGAGCUGGAGAGUGAAGAGAGCAUGCAGGUGGCUGCAGACAGAUAUCCUCUCAGCGAGGGCAUGGAUCUCUCUGUGGCUCGCCAACGCUUCUAUGCUCCGUCGCUCCUCUCCCCGGAGGCCCAGUUUCUGGUGUCUGCAGGCUGUGAGAACGGCUUUCCUAACUCCUCUGGAUCCGGCAUGGCGUCCCACAGACCCUCUGGCUUUAAAUCUCUGGGCUGCAGACCGGGCGCUGCCAGUCCUGCUGUGCCGCACGCACACACUGCAUUCAUGUCUCCACACUCAGGUAUCGGCUACUCCGUGUUCUCCCAUGGUAACCUGAAUCGAGCUCUGGACAUGAAGAGCCCUCCUCCUGUGAACCUGGGCAGUGACAACCUGCGGGGUGAUGCUGCUAACGUGGGGCUGGGGGCCACGAGAGCGAACCACAACUCUUCUAGGGGCGUCUUGUACCAGGGCCUGCACAGCGGCAGCUCCAUGGUAACCAUGGGCAAGGCAGGCCUGCUGGGUCACAGUUUGGGAGGGUAUGGCCUCCCUUCUCCGGGGGUCUCUGAGUACAGCCAACCUGGUUUUUAUCACUCCGUCAGUCUGCAGCGAGGAUCAGUGAACCCCUGGCAGUCGCCUCAGGAGCCCCAUAUAAACCCAGGGAUGUCCAGUGGGGGGUGCUCCUUCCCCUCUCAGUCUUGCCCCUCCACCUCUCCACAUCAGCCCUCCCUCAACCUCAGUAUCAAGUUGGAGCGUAGCUCUCCGGAGCACAUGUCCUCACCCACCUCCCCUCCUCUGCACCACCUCAGGCAGCACUCUCCAAUCAGCAACCCCGAUUCAGUUCGCCAAACCCCUCAAGAAGCCCGCCCGGCCAAUGAGACGAAAGAGUUUCUCAAAGCCGGAUACCCACAAGAUGGAGAGGAAGGAGGGCAGCCGCUCAGGCAAUUAGAGAUAAGUGAUGGGUGGCAGAGAUAGCUAUCUGCUGUCUAACACCAUCUCCCAUCCAAUCAGCUAUCUUCCAUCACAUCCUGUCCACACACACACACACACACACACACACACACACACACACACACACACACACACACACACAC